AUGGGCACUUCCUCUCCAUUUGCCAGAAGUUUGAAACGGAACUUCUUGAAAUUCUUAACCUAUUGCUCGCGCUCAGAGAGAUCGCCUACACGAACAGUCGCCCAGAUAUUCCCAGAGGAAUCUUCGGAUUCCAUUUCGUUUGUCCACCCGAUAAACAAAAUAUCCGAGUUGGCAUCAGGUGACACAGUGGCGAUGUCGCCACCUUGUCCAACUGAAGUAGUAUCUGGUAACCCAGUUAUAACUAAAGUCGCCGUUGCAAAUGUGACUUUGAGAUCGAUAUCUCCAUAUGCUUCAGAGAAGGAGGUUCAGGACAUGUACGAAAUUCUGAUAGAUAACUUUCGAUACGAAGAAUGCUAUAAAGUAUUGUGUGGCCCAAGCAAGCCUCCAGAGCCAAACGCCAACUUCCGUGAUCUUCUCUUAGGUCAGAUCGGCCAUAUCAAUCGCCGGAACCAGAGUCAUGGCUCAAUGGUAUUAGAUGUGGACUUGGAAAAAUACGUGGACGAUCCUCGUCGACAUCAAAACGAGAAUUUCUCCAAUUUCCCCCUUGCAGGCCGAAGACGGACCGUCGAUGUCAAGCUAUACCGUUAG